AUGACGAUCUGUGGCGCCUGGCUGGAAAGUCCGACAUAUGAGGCAGACGACGUAAAAACGGUCGUUCAACAUGAUGUGCGCACCGGGGCCAUAACGAGCCAUUCCCUGACGGGGAUUGAGACCACACUCCACGCAGAAUCUCAAAUGGCUGUCGCGGCCAGCUCGACUACGACGCCGCCGUAA